UUUACUCCGAACACAUCAAAAGUUACGUUUGUAAACCUCUUUUAAGGCAAAAUGCAGUCCCUUUACUCACUUUCUGCGGUUUUCCUCGUCGCUGCGGUUUCAGCGCAAGAGUAUCAACUAGAACCCGAAGCUAUAGUUGUCUCCUACCCCGAAUGGUACGUAAGCAACGCCGAACCUCGAUACCGCCGUGACGUAACUUACGACAAGAAAAUAGGUGAUGGACGUGUCUUCGGAACUCUUGGUCAGAACGACAAUGGACUAUUUGGUAAAGGUGGUUAUGAGCAUCAGUUCUUCAACGACAACCGCGGCAAAUUAGACGGUCAAAUGUACGGUACUCGUGUGUUGGGGCCCGAUGGUGGGUCGUCGCACUUCGGCGGUGGACUUAACUGGAAAAACCCUAACGCGGCUGCUUCCCUCGACAUCAGCAGACAGAUUCAUGGAGGAACUUCAUACCAAGCCGCAGCUGGUGGCAGGUGGCCGGUCGGUAAGAACGGUGACUUAUCAUUGCAAGGGACAUAUGGCCGCGCGGCGGGCAUGCAACGCGAGUACGGCGGUCUCGCCAACUUCAACUACCGCUGGUGAAUGGUGGCGAUUAUUAUUUAUUCUAGUAUUACUGUUGAUUUUCAAUAAAAUAUGUUAUAAGU